AUGGUCGACACACCCGAAUACAUUGACUGGUCAGAGCAGAGCAUCUCCUUCAGCAAGACGGAUCACCCAAAGGCCGUUCCAAGGCCUGGUCAUGCGGCCUUUGUCCUCGAAGCACAUAUCGGAGGAUACAAUAUGAGCAAAGUAUUCAUAGAUGGAGGAAGUGACCUGAAUUUGUUAUUUGCCAGUACGAUGAAAGCAAUGGGCCUAACAGUCGACAUGCUGAGAGAGUCUGACACAGGAUUCCACGGCAUCAUACCGACUCGACCCGUUUAUUCCCUCGGAAAAAUAUCACUGGAUGUAGUCUUCGGCACGCCUAGCAAUUUCAGGAAGGAGAAAAUCGAGUUCGAAGUGGUUGACUGGGAAUCUCAGUAUCACGCCAUCCUCGGCAGGCCUGCGUUUGCAAAAUUUAUGGUUGUACCCCAUUACGCGUACUUGAAACUGAAGAUGCCAUGCAAUAAUGGGACAACGAUAACCAUCCAUGGAAGCUUCUCCCGCUCAGAUAACUGUGACAGAGAUUUCCAGAAGAUCACCUCAAAAUUCGAAGCUGCGGAAGAACUUAACGCAGUCGACGCCAUCACGGACCACACGAAGCCACCAGCCGACAAUCGAAACGUGAGAUCCGACGAGUUUGACGUCGCGAAGGAAGCAAAAAAAGCAGCAGGUACACCCUUCUGA